GACAAUGGGUUUGUUUGUUUUGCCCUUUUUAGUUACAUUUUCUCUUUUCCUCUUUAGUGAUAAAGUCUUAGGUAUUAGACUGAGUAAAUAUUGUGAAACGGAAGUUGUUUGACCAAAACUAGUUGUCUGUUCAUUGACCAUAGACUUUAUUGAGCUAAUAGGAGCCUAGAUCUGUGUGAAAUUUGGUUUAAACUUUAAAGUUUUCAAUUCUCAAAUGCAAGAGGUUUGCACGAAAAGAAAAAUCCAGCCAUUACCGAGUGAAACAAAAGCUCCGUCCUCCAAAUGCCUGCUUUGGUUUAGCAUAGUGGUUUUCUUUUCUUUUAGAUAAAUUGUCAUUGAAGCAAAACCAAGAUAUGAGAAAUGUGAACCCCCACUCUUUCAACACUACCCAUUGUGUUCAAACUCAUAAGCAAGGAAGUUAAAAGCCCACCUUCUUCUUUAACAAAAUAUGAAAGCUGUUGUUUUGAAAUAGAAAUUACACUCAGACUUGAAGUGAUAACCGCGUUCAGAUUCAACCAGAUCUGCAGCCCCCAUCCAAAAACUUCUUCUUUCUGUCAUGAGAAUUACCUUACCUGGAACUCACUCUUCAAAUGCUCAAGAAGCCUAUUCACACGAAUGAAGCAGUUUUCUUAGAAGCAAAUGCGGAAGCUGCCCUCCCCGAGUGCUUAGGCAACGUUGGCAAAGGAAAUCGCCUCGGGCGGCCCGUGGCUUUUUUCACAGCUUCUGUUGAGCGCCUGCUGCCUAGACUGAUUGUCCUCCUCAAGAUGCAGUAUCUGGAGGCGGAGGAGCUCCUGGUCGAUGAAGAUGAUAAUAUUUUUGAUGAAGGACUACCAGCCAGACUCCCAGAAAUCAUGUUGGUAGGAUCCCAGUCCUUCUCACCUGGGGGGCCUAAUGGGAUCAUUAGAAGUCAGUCCUUCGCGGGUUUCAGUGGCCUUCAGGAGAGGCGAUCCAGGUGUAACUCAUUCAUUGAAAAUACCUCUGCUGUCAAGAAGCCUCAGGCCAAACUCAAGAAAAUGCACAAUUUAGGACACAAAAACAACAGCCCUCCCAAAGAGCCUCAACCUAAAAGAGUGGAAGAGGUUUACAGGGCCUUGAAAAAUGGACUUGAUGAAUAUCUGGAGGUUCACCAGACGGAGCUGGACAAGCUGACAGCUCAGUUAAAAGAUAUGAGAAGAAACUCUCGCCUGGGUGUGCUGUAUGACCUAGACAAGCAAAUUAAAACAAUCGAAAGGUACAUGAGACGCUUGGAGUUUCACAUUAGUAAGGUAGAUGAACUCUAUGAGGCUUAUUGUAUCCAAAGACGCCUCCAAGAUGGUGCCAGCAAAAUGAAGCAAGCCUUUGCAACGUCGCCUGCCAGCAAAGCUGCUCGGGAGAGUCUCUCAGAGAUCAACCGGAGCUACAAAGAGUACACAGAGAACAUGUGCGCCAUUGAAGCGGAGCUGGAGAAUCUGCUGGGGGAGUUCUCCAUCAGAAUGAAAGGUCUGGCUGGCUUUGCUCGUCUCUGUCCUGGAGAUCAAUAUGAAAUUUUUAUGAAGUAUGGCCGACAGAGGUGGAAACUGAAAGGCAAAAUAGAAGUCAAUGGCAAACAGAGCUGGGAUGGAGAAGAAAUGGUUUUCCUGCCCUUGAUAGUUGGGUUAAUUUCCAUCAAGGUCACAGAGCUCAAGGGACUGGCAUCUCAUAUUCUGGUGGGCAGCGUGACCUGCGAGACCAAAGAGCUGUUUGCAGCCCGUCCUCAGGUGGUGGCUGUUGACAUCAAUGACCUUGGCACCAUCAAACUGAACCUAGAAAUCACCUGGUAUCCAUUUGAUGUGGAGGACAUGACCCCAUCCUCAGGCACUGGAAACAAGGCGGCCGCCCUCCAGCGGAGAAUGUCCAUGUACAGCCAGGGCACCCCAGAAACGCCCACCUUCAAAGAUCACUCCUUCCUUUCUAAUCUACCGGAUGACAUCUUUGAGAAUGGAAAGGCAGCUGAGGAGAAAAUGCCACUAUCCCUCAGCUUCAACGACCUGCCCAAUGGAGACUGUGCCCUGCCCUCCAACUCGGCUGGCUCUCCCUCCAAGACAUGCCUAACAAAUCCAGAAAUUACUAUCACACCUGCAGAGCUGAACCACAGCAGCCUGUCCUCACAGAAUGAGGGCACAGAUGACACUAGCUCAGCAUCUUCCAGAAGCUCCUCGGCAGAAGGCCAAGAGCCGAAGUCACACGUGGAGGAACACACAGAGCAUAAGAAAACUGCCUUGGCUGCGUCUGAGGCCUGCCAACAGUCCGCAGGUGCUGGGGCCAACCGCCUGUUCCUGGAAAAUAACGUUGCUGAGGCUCUUCUGCAAGCAUCCGAUGAGGCCUCUGAACUCAAGCCUGUGGAACUGGACACUUUUGAAGGCAACAUCACAAAGCAGCUGGUCAAGAGACUGACUUCCACAGAGGUGCCGGUGGUCACAGAGAGGCUGCUCUUUGAAGGCUCUGUCAGUGGGGAAUCCGAAGGCUGUAGAUACUUUCUAGAUGGAAGCUUAGAGGAUGCCUUUAGUGGGCUUUUCCUUGCAUUAGAGCCACAUAAAGAGCAGUAUAAAGAAUUUCGGAAUCUGAACCAAGAAGUCAUUCAUCUGGAUGAUAUUCUGAAAUGCAAGCCACCAGUAAGCCGCAGCAGGUCUUCCAGUUUAAGUCUUACAGUUGAAAGUGCUUUAGAAAGCUUUGAUUUCCUGAACACCUCUGAUUUUGAUGAGGAGGAGGAGGAUGGUGAGGAGGUUUGUAUUGUUGGAGGAGGUGCUGACUCAGUAUUUUCAGACACUGAGACUGAGAAAAAUAGUUACAGGUCAGUACAUCCGGAAGCCAGGGGGCAUCUUAGCGAAGCACUGACUGAAGACACAGGAGUUGGGACCAGUGUGGCAGGAAGCCCUCUCCCACUGACCACGGGAAAUGAAAGCCUUGACAUCACCAUCGUUAGGCACCUACAGUAUUGCACCCAACUUGUUCAGCAAAUUGUAUUUUCAAGCAAAACUCCAUUUGUCACGAGAAAUCUCCUAGAGAAGCUUUCUAGGCAGAUCCAAGUAAUGGAGAAACUCGCAGCUGUCAGUGAUGAGAACAUAGGAAACAUCGGUUCUGUCAUCGAAGCCAUACCAGAAUUCCACAAGAAGCUGUCUUUGCUCUCAUUCUGGACCAAGUGCUGCAGCCCAGCUGGUGUCUACCACAGCUCAGCCGACAGAAUGAUUAGGCAGCUGGAGGCCAGCUUUGCUAGAACUGUCAACAAAGAGUAUCCAGGACUCGCCGACUCAGUGUUCCGGACCCUGGUAUCCCAAAUUCUGGACCGGGCUGAGCCUCUCCAUUCCUCCAGCCUCUCCCUAGAAGUCAUCACUGUUUUCCAGUAUCACAGUUACUUUGCCAGCCAUGGUGCAAGUGACCUGGAGAGUUACUUGAUCCAGCUGGCGAAGCAAGUUUCCAUGGUUCAGACUUUGCAGUCACUAAAAGAUGACAAACUGCUACAGACUAUGACUGACCUUGCACCCAGCAAACUUCCAGCCCAGCAGGAAGUACUCAGGACACUGGCUCUGCUGUUAACACAAGACGACAAUGAAGUUAGUAAGGCUGUGACACUUUGCUUGGCGGCAGCCUCCAAAAACCAGCACUUCAGGGAAAAGGCCCUGCUCUAUUACUGUGAAGCACUAACACAAGCAAACCUCCAGCUCCAGAAGGCAGCUUGCCUGGCCCUGAAAAGCCUUGAGGCUACUGAAAGCAUUAAAAUGCUGGUAAUGCUGUGUCAAUCUGAUACAGAAGAAAUCAGAAAGGUGGCUUCAGAAACUCUCUUGUCUCUUGGAGAAGAUGGACGGUUAGCAUAUGAACAGGUGGACAGAUUUCCUCGAGACUGUGUUAAAGUUGGAGGUCAUCAUGGAACUGAAGUUGCCACGGCCUUUUAAUUACAAUUUAACUUUACCUGACAGCUAAGUGGAAACCCUGGUGGCCUAGUGGUUAAGAGCUACAGCUGCUAACUAAAAGGUCAGCAGUUCAAAUCCACCAGGCACUCCUUGGAAACUCUAUCGGGCAGUUCUUCUGUGUUCUUUAGGGUCACUAUGAGUCAGAAUCAACUCGACUGCAACAGGUUUUUUUUGGUUAACAGCUAAGUGUCUUAAUGUCUGGCCCUUUUCAUCAGAAUGGUACUGUAAUUUAGCUAGAGAGUGUUUAAAACUUGAAGAGUUCUGUUGAGGGUGUCUGGAAAUGUAACAUGUUAUAGAAAGAAUUCAAAGUCCAGUUGCACAGUACCUAUUUAUUUUUUCCUUCAGCCAAUGGACUAGGGCUCUGUAUAAUUCAGUAGAUUACAUCGUUGAUUCUUCUGACAAUACAUAAUGAAAGAGUCUGUCUUACUAAUGUGUAUGGAAUUUUAAAAUAGCCAUCUUUGUACUUUCUUGGAAAACCUAUAGUCACGUGAUACUUGGAUAAAUAUCAUAUGCCUUGCAGUUUUUCUCAGUCUUGUUCUCAGGGUUAAGUGGUCCCCUUAACUACUUAAUUUUAUUUUAAAUACAAAGCACAAAGAAGAAUUUCUUCAAAUAAAAAUCCGCUUGCAGAACCUGAUAAAAUGACCCAUUUUAAGAGUUUCGUUUCAUUUUUUUUUUUAGCUCUCUCUAUAUCUUGUGUUUGUUUUCUCCAUCUUGGAAAUUCCAAAGUCAUAUUUCCAUUAUGGUAGAAAGAACUACUUUAUUAAGAUUAUACCCAAAGUCUUUAAAAAAAAAAAACAAAGCUUUAAACUUUUUUUUUUUUUUU